AUGGAGACGAGGAAGUUCAACUGGCGGAGAUACUCUGCGCCAGUUGCCAUCGCCAGCAUGAUCCUAGCGGCCCUCUCCGUCGUCCUCUACUUCAACAUUCGUGAAUAUCUCGCUGUUCGAGAUGGGGCCAACUUGCCGAGGGUCACCGUCGAUCUCGGCUACGCGAGGUAUUCUGGGAAUUCGCUCCCGAGCGGCGUGAACCAGUUUCUGGGAAUGCGGUAUGCGGCGCCUCCGAUAGGAAAUCUGAGAUGGAGAGCACCUCAAGAUCCUGAGCCGAAAGAGGGCACGACAGAUGCCAUCGAUUUUGGGCCCAUUUGUCUCGGGACGGAUGUGACUUAUCCUACUUCAGGCCAAGACGAGGACUGCUUAUACGCCAACGUCUGGUCGCCAACAAACACGACGGCUGACUCGAAGCUUCCUGUAUGGUUAUUCAUUCAAGGCGGUGGUUACACGUCAAAUGCCAAUCCCAAUUGGAACGGCUCCCAAGUUGUAGAUGUCUCGGGCAAAAAUGUUGUCUUUGUAAAUUUCAACUACAGAGUCGGACUUUGGGGAUUCCUGGCGAGUGACCGGGUUCGAAAAGACGGCGAGCUGAACGUGGGACUUUUGGACCAGCGAUUGAUGAUGAAAUGGGUUCAGACUCAUAUAUCAAAGUUUGGCGGUGACCCAAACCAUGUAGUCAUCCACGGCCUCUCAGCCGGAGCAGGCUCGGUCGCCCUCCACCUCGCAGCUUACGGCGGACGCGACGACAAGCUCUUCAUAGGCGCCAUGUCCGAGUCGGUCUUCUUCCCCGCGCAGCCUCGUGUUCCGGAGCUUGAGUACCAGUUCAAUCAGACGCUGGCUAAGGUAGGCUGCACAGAUGACAAGGACCAGAUGGGCUGUCUGCGCGGUAAAGACAUCAAAGCGAUCCAGGACGCCAAUAUCGCAUCGCCAUUUCCGGGGAGGGCGGCAAACCCGCACUUUUACUGGACUCCAUGUAUAGAUGGCGAUAUUCUACAAGAUUAUCCGUACCGGCUCUAUGACAAGGGUUCAUUCAUCAAAGUCCCCGUCCUCUUUGGGACAGGAAGUAACGAGGGAUCCGUUUUCGCCGCCAACGUCGCAACCCAAGACGAAUUCGUCUCCUUCAUGACAGACAACUACCCCAAACUCACAAAGAACGAAACCGACCCGAUGCUGCAAAAGUACCCGCUGUUGCCGCCACUCCCGAACCACAACGUCUGGUUCCCGUCCACCAGCCAAGCCUACGGCGAGACGACCUUCAUUUGCCCCGCCAACACCAUCAUGAACGCCUACGCGGCUGCCAACCGCUCCGGGACGAGCUGGUCCUACCGCUUCAACGUCCAGGACAACGACAACACGGCCUCCGGCCUCGGCGUACCGCACGUGUUUGAGGCGCCCGCCAUCUUUGGCAUCGACGCGUGUCCGACGCCCGACAGUUUCCGGACGUAUAACAAACCCAUUGUCUCGCUGAUGAUGAAGUACGUCAUCUCGUUUGUGCGCGAUCUCAACCCCAAUACGUAUAAGCUCGCGGGUGCGCCGGACUGGGGCGAUUGGGGACGGAAUCAGUCGCGGUACGUAUUUGAGUUGAAUAAGAACCGGAUGGAGAACGUCGAUGAUGGGCAGAGGGACCGGUGUAACUUUUGGAAGGGGAUCGUGGAGGUCAUGGAGCAGUGA